AUGCCUCUAACGGCAAUAAGGUUCCUUAAUCAGCAAUGGACACUGGGUGAGGACUUGUGUAAAGUGUUUCCAGUAUUCUUCUACGGCAAUGUAGCCGUGUCCGUGCUCAGCAUGGUUGGCCUCACCAUCAAUCGGUAUACGCUGAUUCUACACCCUAGUCGAUAUUCUAAGAUCUACACUCCACUAAGUUUAUGUUUCCAACUGUUUGCCAUAUGGGCAUUUUCGUUCGGCAUUAUGCUACUUCCAUUAUUCGAAAUCUGGGGCACGCUGGGCCUCGACGAGGAAACAUUCUCCUGUACGAUCCUGAAGAGAAAUGACACAUCACCAAAGAAAUUCAUCUUCCUGUUCGGGGUUCUGGUUCCCUGCAUAAUCAUAUCGAUAUCUUAUUCGUGUAUAUUCUACACGGUACACAAACAGCGAGCAAAGCUGAAGGCACACAGUAGCAACUCCUCUGGACGAAUCGAGUCCUUCUUCCGCAGCAAGGAAGACUGUCGGCUAACGCUGACGUUGCUGACAAUCUACGUAUGCUUCCUGGUUUGCUUCCUGCCGCUGAUGCUUGCCAACGUGAUCGACGACGACGGUUCGUACGCCAAUCUGCACGUGUUCGCUUCCGUGCUGGCGUGGAUGUCGGCCGUCAUCAAUCCGUUCAUCUAUGCCAUCGGAAGUCAGAACUACAGGCACGCCUAUACCAAACUCCUUUCCGAACUGUGCUUCUGGAAGACGAACGUCGAACUGCGAUCGUUCGACGAAGUGAACAAAUCUCGGACGGUAGACCAUUUAUAG